AUGGUCAGCAGGGCCGGCGGCCGGCGCUGCCCCGAGGCGGCCCUCCUGAUUCUAGAUCCUGCCAGAAUGGGGCCCCCGAGGCCCAGCCCAGGCCCCGGGGGGCAACGGUUGCUGCUGUCCCCCUUGCCGCUGGCACUGCUGCUUCUGCUGGCGGCAUCCCCAGGCCAUGCCACUCGGGUGGUGUACAAGGUGCCGGAGGAGCAGCCACCCAACACCCUCAUUGGGAGCCUUGCUGCGGACUAUGGUUUUCCAGACGUGGGCCACCUGUACAAACUAGAGGUAGGCGCCCCAUACCUGCGGGUGGAUGGCAAGACGGGAGACAUCUUCACCACCGAGACGUCUAUUGACCGUGAGGGGCUCCGUGAAUGCCAGAACCAGCUCCCUGGUGAGCCUUGCAUCCUGGAGUUUGAGGUAUCUAUUACGGACCUCGUGCAGAACGGCAGUCCUCGGCUGUUAGAGGGCCAGAUAGAGGUACAGGACAUCAAUGACAACACGCCCAACUUCGCCUCGCCAGUCAUCACACUACCCAUCCCUGAGAACACCAACAUUGGCUCACUCUUCCCCAUCCCGGUGGCUUCUGACCGCGACACCGGCCCCAACGGUGUGGCAUCCUACGAGCUGCAGGCCGGGCCUGAGGCCCAGGAGCUGUUUGGGCUUCAGGUGGCAGAGGACCAGGAGGGGAAGCAGCCACAGCUCAUCGUGAUGGGCAACCUAGACCGGGAGCGCUGGGAUUCCUAUGACCUCACUAUCAAGGUGCAGGAUGGCGGCAGCCCCCCACGUGCCAGCAGUGCCCUGCUGCGCGUCACUGUGCUUGACACCAACGACAACGCCCCCAAGUUCGAGCGGCCCUCCUACGAGGCUGAACUGUCCGAGAAUAGCCCCAUAGGCCACUCGGUCAUCCAGGUGAAGGCCAAUGACUCGGACCAAGGCGCCAACGCAGAAAUCGACUACACAUUCCACCAGGCGCCUGAGGUGGUGAGGCGUCUUCUGCGACUGGACAGGAACACUGGACUUAUCACUGUGCAGGGCCCCGUGGAUCGCGAGGACCUGAGUACCCUGCGCUUCUCCGUGCUCGCCAAGGACCGAGGCACCAACCCCAAGAGUGCCCGUGCCCAAGUGGUGGUGACUGUGAAGGACAUGAACGACAAUGCCCCCACCAUUGAGAUCCGGGGCAUAGGGUUGGUGACCCAUCAAGAUGGGAUGGCUAAUAUCUCAGAGGAUGUGGCAGAGGAGACAGCCGUGGCCCUGGUGCAGGUCUCUGACCGAGAUGAGGGAGAGAACGCAGCUGUCACCUGUGUGGUGGCAAAUGACGUGCCCUUCCAGCUGCGCCAGGCCAGUGAGACGGGAAGUGACAGCAAAAAGAAGUACUUCUUACAGACCACCACUCCACUUGAUUACGAGAAGGUCAAAGACUACACCAUAGAGAUUGUGGCUGUGGACUCUGGCAACCCCCCGCUCUCUAGCACCAACUCCCUCAAGGUGCAGGUGGUAGACGUCAAUGACAAUGCCCCUGUGUUCACCCAGAGUGUCACUGAGGUUGCCUUCCCAGAAAACAACAAGCCGGGUGAAGUGGUCGCCGAAGUCACUGCCAGCGAUGCCGACUCAGGCUCUAACGCGGAGCUGGUUUACUCUCUGGAGCCAGAGCCAGCUGCCAAGGGCCUCUUCACCAUCUCUCCUGACACUGGAGAGAUCCGGGUGAAGACAUCCCUUGAUCGGGAACAGCGGGAUAGUUACGAGUUAAAGGUGGUGGCAGCUGACCGGGGCAGUCCCAGCCUGCAGGGCACAGCCACCGUCCUUGUCAAUGUGCUGGACUGCAACGACAAUGACCCCAAGUUUAUGCUGAGUGGCUACAACUUCUCAGUGAUGGAGAACAUGCCGGCACUGAGUCCAGUGGGCAUGGUAACCGUCAUUGAUGGGGACAAAGGGGAGAACGCCCGGGUACAACUCACGGUGGAGCAGGACAAUGGUGAUUUUGUUAUCCAAAAUGGCACAGGCACCAUCCUCUCCAGCCUGAGCUUUGAUCGGGAGCAUCAGAGCACCUACACCUUCCAGCUGAAGGCAGUGGACGGGGGUGUCCCACCUCGCUCAGCAUAUGUGGGUGUCACUAUCAACGUGCUGGAUGAGAAUGACAAUGCACCCUUCAUCACCGCCCCUUCCAACACCUCCCACCAGCUGUUGACCCCACAGACACGUCUUGGUGAGACGGUCAGCCAGGUGACAGCCGAGGACAUUGACUCCGGGGUCAAUGCGGAGUUGACCUACAGCAUCGCUGGUGGCAACCCUUACGGACUCUUCCAGAUUGGAUCCCAUUCAGGGGCCAUCACCCUUGAGAAGGAGAUUGAGCGGCGCCAUCACGGGCUACACCGCCUGGUGGUGAAAGUCAGUGACCGUGGCAAGCCCCCGCGCUAUGGCACGGCCUUGGUCCACCUUUACGUCAAUGAGACCCUGGCCAACCGCACCCUUCUGGAGACCCUGCUGGGCCACAGCCUGGACACGCCACUGGACAUUGAUAUCGCUGGGGAUCCAGAAUAUGAGCGCUCCAAACAACGUGGCAACAUCCUCUUUGGAGUGGUGGCCGGUGUGGUGGCCGUGGCCUUGCUCAUUGCCCUGGCAGUGCUUGUGCGCUACUGCCGGCAGCGGGAGGCCAAGAGUGGCUACCAGGCUGGCAAGAAGGAAACCAAGGACCUAUAUGCCCCCAAGCCCAGCAGCAAAGCCUCCAAGGGAAACAAAGGCAAGGGCAAGAAGAGCAAGUCCCCGAAGCCUGUGAAGCCAGUGGAGGAUGAGGAUGAGGCUGGGCUGCAGAAAUCCCUCAAGUUCAACCUGAUGAGCGAUGCCCCUGGAGACAGCCCCCGCAUCCACCUGCCCCUCAACUACCCGCCGGGCAGCCCUGACCUGGGCCGCCACUACCGCUCGAACUCCCCACUGCCUUCCAUCCAGCUGCAGCCCCAGUCACCCUCUGCCUCCAAGAAGCACCAAGUGGUGCAGGACCUGCCACCCGCAAACACAUUUGUGGGCACUGGUGACACCACAUCCACGGGCUCUGAGCAGUACUCCGACUACAGCUACCGCACCAACCCCCCCAAAUACCCCAGCAAGCAGUUACCUCACCGACGCGUCACCUUCUCCGCCACCAGUCAGGCCCAAGAGCUGCAGGACCCGUCCCAGCACAGUUACUAUGACAGUGGCCUGGAGGAAUCUGAGACGCCAUCCAGCAAGUCAUCCUCGGGACCCCGACUCGGUCCCCUGGCUCUGCCCGAGGACCACUAUGAGCGCACCACCCCCGAUGGCAGCAUAGGAGAGAUGGAGCACCCCGAGAACGACCUGCGCCCUUUGCCUGAUGUUGCCAUGACGGGCACAUGUACCCAGGAGUGCAGCGAGUUUGGCCACUCUGACACGUGCUGGAUGCCGGGCCAGUCAUCUCCCAGCCGCCGGACCAAGAGCAGCGCCCUCAAACUCUCCACCUUCGUGCCUUACCAGGACCGAGGAGGGCAGGAGCCUGUGGGUGCCGGCAGCCCCAGCCCCCCGGAAGACCGGAACACCAAAACGGCCCCCGUGCGCCUCCUGCCCUCCUACAGUGCCUUCUCCCACAGUAGCCAUGAUUCCUGCAAGGACUCGGCCACCUUGGAGGAAAUUCCCCUGACCCAGACCUCGGACUUCCCACCUGCAGCCACACCGGCAUCUGCCCAGACAGCUAAGCGUGAGAUCUACCUGUGAGCCCCCUUCCGGCCGGUGGCCAUACCCCACCCCAGCCACCG